AAGGGGGAAGGGGACGAGAGUGCUGCUCAGACUGGAUCAGAGGGAGCAGCCGGUGCCGAGGGAGAGAAAAAGGCAGCAGACGGUGUAGAUGGGUUGAAUGCGGUAUCAGAGGCUUCAGCAGUGGAGAAGAUGGAAGUAGAGGAGGAAACAGAGGAAGUGAGGGAAGGUGCAGAGGGAGUGAGGGAGGGUGCAGAUGGAGUGAGAAGUGGGAAGAGCAGCCUGACACGGGAGGAGCGGGGAGCACAGGGAGCAUUGGGGCGGGUGGCUUCAAUGGUUGCACAGCUACCUACUCUCUCCACCUGCGCUCACCACCACCUGUGCUCGCGUCAUUUGCUGUGCCUCUGCUGCCCCGUUACACUUGCACCGAUUUCUUUCGUCAACCCCCUCUGUUUCAUGCACCAUCCCAUGCCCAUGCGUCUCUCCCCAUGUCCGUCUCAUAUGUCUCUCCAUGCCUUUCUCCAUCCAUUCCUUCCCGUCGCUCCUCCCCAGUCUCAUAGUGGCGGUGCCUGCCCUCUGCCCUUCCGCCAUCCUAUAGCACCUGCUGCCGCUGCUGCAUCUAUCCUUUCCUCAACCCCUUCAAUCCCCCUGCCACUUCGCAUGCCCCUCUCCGUUCCACCCCUACCCAGUCUCAUAGUGGCAGCGCCUGCUCUCUGUCCCUCUGCCAUGCUCACUCAUUUCCAUGACUCAACCCCUCUUUGCCCUACCCUUCCCUCGCCCUUCCCAUGUCUCUCCCCCGCCCCUCUCCAGUCUCACAGUGGCGGCGCCUGCCCUCUGCCCCUCUGCCUGCCAUGA